AUGGCCGUCACGUUAAAACUUGGCCAGGCGUUAAAAGGCAGAAUAGGACUCUAUAUAGUUACGAAGCAGCUACAGGAGUGUAUCUGGCUUGCAACCAAUCAAGACAAAGAGAAUGUCAUAAUCAAGGGUGUCCGCCAUUUCCGCCUACAAAAUGAAAGGGACAUUUUGCUGCGCUUCCAAAGCCGGUCGCCUUUCAUUCGCCCGCUGCUCGACGAGAUGGAAGAACCAUCCGAACCUCCCGCUCUUGCUUUGAAAUAUCUUGACGACGACAUCUUGCAUGCCUCUAACACCAAACGUCUUACACGACCCGAAGUGAAGUAUGUCGCUAAAAGGGUGUUAGAGGCAUUAAAAGUGUUGCAUAGCGACGGAUUUGUCCACACAGACAUCAAGCCUAGUAAUGUGUUAGUCAACUACGGGCAAGGCGAACCCCGAUUUAAAGAGGUCCAAUUAGCCGACUUUGGAAGCACAGUUCAUAUGCAUUCUUCUUACGCGCUAAAUGGAGACCCCAUCGGGACGCCUAUUUUCAGGAGUCCUGAAGCACAUCUGCAAAUGAGAUGGGGCACUGCAACUGAUAUUUGUCUCAUGUACGGUGAGGGGUUCCACAUCUUCAAACCCGAUGUCCCCGUCGACCAUGACGAGUACGACGUCAAGAUUCUUAUGAAGCAUCACCGGUGCUUUGGACCAUUCCCAGCAUCGUACGAAGAGAUAGCGGACCGGGAAAGACUAGCAGUGCUGGUGUGGAUCAUGCAAAAUAGUCCCCCAGAGACGCUGAGACCCUUCCAUCUCACGACAGCGCGAGAGAUUUGUGAGGAAGAUAAGCAAUUUGUGCUUAAAGCAAUGAAACUUGACCCAAGAGAUAGGCCAACUGCACCGAAGCUAUUGGAGGAUAAGUGGUUCUACGAAGAUUGA